AUGUACAAGUUUUAUAUUUUAGUCAUCGGAGCGGCAUCUGCUUUGCCGAAUCCUGACAAUUUGGAACAGAAUUCUAUAGAACCAACGGUGGAAAACACAGCAAGAUCGAUGGGCAGAGAUUGUACGGGUGGAAUUUUCAGCCCAACGUGCCUGAAAAUAGAGGCGAUAUCGGUUUUAGAGAAAUUGAGCGCGAAGGAUGAACUGCAUUUGCUGCCGGGCAUCAGUGUUGUUAAGGAAGCAACAGAAAAUGAAACUAAGGCCGAGGACUUUGCUGCUGAACUUGCGAGAUCGUUGCCAUCGAAGCCUGAUGAAAGGUUGGACAAAUAUCUAUUGUACAGACUCGGGACGUACCUGGACAGCCAUUCAGUGAAGCUGAGGCUUUUGGAGGAUGGUGCUACUGAUGAAGCGAGGGCUCUGAUGGGUGAAGGACGUGGAAAAGGUGGUCUUGGAGGCGGCAAGAAGGGAGGCAUGGGUGGAUUGAUAGCUGCUGCUAUGAUGAUGAAAGGUACACUGAUGUCGAUUGCUCUUGGCGCACUCGCAUUACUUGCGGGGAAAGCUUUAAUGACGGCGUUAAUGUCACUUCUAUUAUCUGCUGUUAUUGGUCUCAAAUCAUUAUCAGGCGGCGGUAAAUCAACAACAUAUGAAGUUAUAUCAAAACCGAUAUAUACUCACUCCCAUUCACACUCCACUGCCCAUGAGGAUGUUGGGGGUUAUGGUCACUCGGGCUACGGAAGGAAUUUGAAGAUCCAGUAA